AUGCCUGAUUCUUUGAGCAAUCCAGAGACUUCUCUCAACUCUUUUCUUACCACCCUUUACCCUAACCUAUCAGACGAAAACCUAGCUUCCACAUAUUCCCCAUUAGAAACUUUCGAACAUUCCCCACUUACUCCAAUAUCAGACCCCGCAGUUAAUACAGCCCGAAAUAAUUUCCUAUCAAAUUGGAAAGCAUCAGUAGAAAUCGAAUCUUCCUACUUAACUGAAAUAAGUAGACCCCACCAAACCUCAUCCGUACGCAAACUAAUUUUACAGUUGGAAGACGAAAAAAAGAAAACACAUAAAGCUACUAAUAACAAUUUAAAUCAAUACGUCUAUCUUAUCGUCAAGGACAAACUCGAGUCCUCAGUAACUCCAGAAACCAUAAGGGAAACAACUACAACCCUAAAAAGUUACAUUAUAUUGCUUAAAGGAGACGGAAACAGUGUAUACCCCCUGGUACAACAGUUACAGAUCGUUCACGGUAAACAGCGCGAAUUCAACAACGAAUUAAUUACUUUACUAACACGAGAAACCCUUUUACAACACGCAGGACUCCGAAAAACCCAUACUGAAUUAAUUAAAGAAAAAGAGAAAGUAGACAAAAAGUGGAAAGCCGCUGAGGAAAAACUUAAAGAGCAACGAGAGGAUAUCGAUAAAUUAGACCAACUUAAGAAAGAUAACGCCACUAAUUUAAAACUUUUAGACGAUUCCCAAAAUCACGUAGAAACAUUACAAGAGCAACUUAGAGAAGCAGAAAACUAUAACGCCAACGGCAUCCAAACAGUAAAAGACCUUGAAGAAAAGAUUAAAAUCCUUGAAUCUGAACACAUAACUGCAAAAGGUAACGAAUAUCAACUUAAGAAAGCAUUAGAUAUAAAAGAGAUACACAUUUUCGUAGUAGAAGCAAAUAUCUUAGAAGCCAAUAAUACCCUCGAGUCCGAAAAAAAACAAUUAGAAAUAACCCAUUUAACCGCAGGUCAAAAACACAUUGAAACCCUCAACAGUCAAAUCACUGCACUUAAACUUGAAAACGAAUUAGGAAAACAAUUAAUUACUCAGAUUAGCCAAACAAAAGACAAAACCCAAAAUAAUUACGUUACCGCCACAUUACAAAUUAAAAAAUACGAAACAGAAAUAAUAGACCUAAAAAACGAUAAGGAACACCUAGAAAGUAGGAUAUCCAAUCUCGAAGUUCGCAUACAGGAUUUAAAAGACAGGGAAAAAGCUUAUCACGAGACCGAAGAUCAGUACGAAAGGAAUUUUCAGGAGAUCGCAGAAAAAACUUUCGAGACCACAAUUUAUAGACGAACUCCAAAAUUUGACAGGACGAGACUCAGUAGAUAA